AUGAGUGGAGAGAGCACCGCGCGAGAUUCAGCUCUGGAAUCCGCAAACAACGCACCUAUGGAUACCUCCGGCCUUCCGGGCUCAGCCAGUACUGAGCCCGAACAGGGUAGACGUACCGAUGCGACCGAGAUCCAGGACGCAACUUCAGUUGCGCCUUCCGACCCGGCACCGUCUUCCACUGCACCAGCGGAGAGCACCACAACCGCUGCUGAAGGCGCCGACGCACCCAAGAAACGUCAUUUGUUGAUCCCCAUCCCGUCGCGACGAUCCUCGAAAAUCAACAAACAACAGGGGUCGGAAAAGACUGAGGAAGCGGCGCAGGAUGGGCCUUCUCGGAGGAGUUCCAAAGUGAGCAUCCUGCGGUCGAAACGGGAUCACAGCCGGGCAAGUAGCCGACGGUCGCGCCAGCCUCAGAACGGAGUGAAUGUGGAGGAAAGUAAAGAGGCGGCGACUAUGGCUGAUGACAGUCCCCCGAAGCCCCAACAGAAGAAAAGUUCAUCGAAGUUCCUGGCUUUCUUGGGCUGUUGCUCCUCAUCGGACGUUGAUGCAGAUGACACUGCUGUGCCUGCAAAGAAAACAACCAUGCGGCAACCUGCUUCCAACAGGUUGCCUACUCCAGACAAGACGGAGGCUCCUACUGACUCAAGCACCGUAGAAUCAAGGGAGCCAUAUCUAGAUGAAAAGGCAAACUCCACAGUCAGCGCUGAUCAGCCCGGUGAAGAAGACCGCAAUGUUCAGCCUGCUAUGGCUAGCGUGCAAAGUGAUGGUCCAUCUGCGGAUGCCACACAGCCAGAAGUUUCUGGCCAGAAAGAUCAAACCGAUGAUGUUACCCCGCAUGAUCAAACAGGAAUUGCGCUGGGAUCUGUACCUGAAGUGAAAGCAGAUGCAAACACUCAAGAUCGAGAGGGUCAAUCAACCUCGACCACCGAGGACCUCAAUUCUGCAUCAACGUCAGCCAUCCCUAAAGAUUUUGCUCGAGGCCACUAUGAGGACGCAGCGCAGCCUUUGCUCCCUGCACCUUUGCCCCACUUACGCGGCCGAAAGUGCUUGGUUCUCGAUCUUGAUGAAACACUGGUUCACAGCAGCUUCAAGGUUUUGGAGCGUGCCGACUUCACUAUUCCAGUUGAGAUUGAAGGUCAAUACCACAACAUCUAUGUGAUCAAACGUCCUGGUGUGGAUGCAUUCAUGAAGCGCGUUGGUGAGCUUUACGAAGUGGUGGUAUUUACUGCCUCAGUUUCAAAGUAUGGCGACCCGUUGCUCGAUCAACUGGAUAUCCACAACGUGGUUCAUCAUCGCCUAUUCCGAGAAAGUUGUUAUAACCACCAGGGGAACUACGUCAAGGAUCUCUCACAAGUUGGUCGAGACCUGAAGGAAACAAUUAUCAUUGAUAAUUCCCCUACAUCCUACAUCUUCCACCCUGAGCACGCGAUUCCCAUCAGUAGCUGGUUCUCUGACGCUCACGAUAACGAGUUGCUCGAUCUCAUCCCCGUUCUCGAGGAUCUUGCAGGGGCCCAAGUCCAAGAUGUCAGCAUGGUCCUCGACUGCACCCUCUAG